ACUCACUCCUUCACUACUCUUCCUUCCAUGGUUUAAAACCCGCUUUCAAAUUCAAAUCCGCCAUAGAUUUACCUUUCAAUUGAAUCCUCUCUUUCCAUCACCGCUGCUUCCUUCUUGCUCUACUCUUCUGUUAAUCUGCAAAUCGCAUAUUCUUUCUCUCUCUUUGCUAGAUUUUCUUGGUUGCAAAAUCCCCCUCUCUUCUCGCCCGCUCUAUCCUCAUUCCUCGCUUCACCCUUCGUAUCUCCUUAAUUACCAAUCGUCUUAAACCUCCUCAAUUUCUUUGCGAUUUCUCUAAUCCACCAAUACAAUUAUAUAUAUACAUAUAUUCUAAAAUGGGGAAAAGAAAGAGAAGGGGAAAUGGCAAGAGAGCACCCCCACCGCGUUCAGAUUUCGUACCACAAGCUCCUCAGAAGGAACUGCACUCAGAACUGAGGAUUUCUGAUCAAGCCGAAGGCAGCGCAGAACAGCCCCGGGCUGCGACUAUGGAUGUUUUAAGCACUUCUCAUAAAAGACCAUCUGGUCACCAGUCGCAUCUAAUUCAGAAUCACGGCGCCAACAGCCGCGCGCCAUUGUUGAAGCAUUCGAAGCAUCCCUUUGGCCACCAUUACUCUAGACGUAACCAUUUCGAAGCAUCGCCGUCCCAUUCGAAGAAUUCGCCCAUUUACGAUCCUAACCUAUCCUUCAAACUCACAACUAAAGACUUUUCGAACGUCCCCUAUCAUCAUCGAGAUAACCGAAGUCGCAUAUUCCAAAAACCCGAGAGAGUACGAGCUAGUCCGCUUGUAGAUGAUGCGUUAUACGAAGAGGCGAGGAAGAUGGAAUGCUCGAUAUGUCAAAAGCGGUUGAGGAAUACCCCCUGCGUCGUCGAGAACACCAUUUCGUCGGCACAACUCUCGGUGGUCGCGGUUUUAUUCUGUGGUCAUAUGUACCACGCGGACUGCCUGGAACAGAAAACGAAGCACGAAGAUCAACAGGAUCCGCCGUGUCCUUUGUGCGCGGCCUGUGAACCGUAAGUGAAUUCCCAUGUCGGGUCGAGGUUUUUUUUAGCUCCCGGCGUGAAAUGUAGAAAGUAGCGUCUCUUUCAAACGAACUCUAAGAACGCGGAAUGAAUCGAAAUCGAAAUCGUAGCUUUCAGUUGUAAUCUGAAUUGUCGACGAUCAUCGCGUCGCAUCACCGUAUUUUC